AUGUCUUCGGCGCCGAGCUCCAAGAAGGGAGCAGCGGCUAGCACCAAAAAGAAGGUCGAUGUUGCUGUCGACCAAAGCACCGACUACCUGAACCAAGUCAAGAAGGAGACCAAGCAGGCUGUAUCCAAUGACUGGGACUACAAGCUGGCUCUUCUUGUCAUCACCAUCCUCGCCUUCGCAACCCGCUUCUACGCCAUCACCCACCCCAACCAGGUCGUCUUUGAUGAAGUCCACUUUGGAAAGUUCGCAUCCUACUACCUCCAACGCACCUACUUCUUCGAUGUCCACCCUCCGUUCGGCAAGCUCCUAUUCGCUUUCGCUGGAUGGCUCGUUGGCUACAAUGGCGACUUUUUGUUUGAAAACAUUGGCGACUCAUACAUCACCAACAAGGUUCCCUAUGUCGCAUACCGCGCCAUGCCCGCAACCAUGGGUGCCUUGACUGUCUCGGUCGUCUUCAUGAUCAUGUGGGAGUCUGGCUACUCUCUGCCUGCUUGUGUUUUGGCCGCCGGUCUUGUUCUCUUCGACAACGCCCACAUCGGUCAGACCAGACUCAUUCUUCUCGAUGCCACCCUGAUUCUGUUCAUGGCUCUGUCCGUCUUGAGUUACGUCCGUUUCUACAAGCUCCGCCAUGUGCCCUUCAGUCGCAAGUGGUGGAAGUGGCUUCUUUUGACUGGUGUCUGCCUCAGCUGUGUCAUCUCGACCAAGUACGUUGGUGCCUUCACCUUCUUCUCCAUCGGUGUCCCCGUUGCCAUUGAUCUCUGGUCUCUCCUCGACAUCAACCGCAGACAGGGCGCUCUCAGUCUGCCCGAGUUCGGCAAGCACUUGGCUGCUCGUGUCACUGGGCUGAUUGUCAUUCCCUUCUUGCUCUACCUGUUCUGGUUCCAAGUCCACUUUGCCAUCCUCAGCCGUUCCGGUCCCGGUGACGACUUCAUGAGCCCAGAGUUCCAGGAGACUCUUAGCGACAACAUCAUGACCCAGCAGUCUGUCAGCAUCGACUACUACGACGCCAUCAACAUCCGCCACAAGGACACCAAGGUCUACCUCCACAGUCACCCCGACAAGUACCCUCUUCGUUACGACGAUGGCCGUAUCUCUUCCCAGGGACAGCAAGUCACCGGAUACCCUCACAACGACACCAACAACCUCUGGCAGAUCGUUCCCGGUACUGGCGCUAUUCCUGAGGAGGUCGGCCACCGCGUUCACGUCGGCGAUGUCGUCCGUCUUCGCCAUCUCGUCACCGACUCCUGGCUCCUCACCCACGAUGUUGCUUCUCCUUACUACCCAACCAACCAGGAGUUCACCGCUGUCGGCCACGACGAGGCCAACGGUGACCGUUUCAACGACACUCUCUUCGAGAUCAGAGUCGAUGGCGCAAAGGCUGGCACCGACUUCAAGACCAUGUCUGUCCACUUCAAGCUCGUCCACGUCAAUACAAAGGUCGCCAUGUGGACCCACACUACUCCUCUGCCUGAGUGGGCAUACAAGCAAGCUGAGAUCAACGGAAAUAAGAACGCUCUGCAAACCAGCAACAUCUGGUACGCCGAGGAUAUUCCCGCUCUUCCCAAGGACUCUGAGCGCGCAAAGAAGGAGCCUCGCAAGGUCAAGCACGUGCCUUUCCUCAAGAAGUACUUUGAGCUCCAGCGCGCCAUGUUCUACCACAACAAUGCGCUCACCAGCAGCCACCCUUACGCCAGUGUUCCCAUCCAGUGGCCUUUCCUUCUUCGUGGUGUCUCAUUCUGGACCGACAACGAGACUCGCCAGCAGAUCUACUUCCUUGGUAACCCCGUAGGAUGGUGGUUGGCCAGCAGUCUGCUUGCUGUCUUUGCUGGUGUCCUCCUCGCCGACCAGCUCUCUCAGCGCCGUGGUGUUGAUGCUCUUGAUAAGCGUACGUCCAUCCUAACUCUUACUUCCCAGAAGCAAGCUAACAUUUUCACAGGCGCCCGCAACCGUCUUUACAACUCUACCGGUUUCUUCUUCCUCACCUGGGCCGCCCAUUACAUCCCCUUCUACAUCAUGGGUCGUCAACUCUUCCUCCACCACUAUCUGCCCGCCCAUCUCGCUUCCGCCCUCGUCACCGGCGCCCUUGUCGAAUUUGUCUUCAACAUCGACCCCGUCGACAUUGACGACGUCACCUCUGGCAACGCCACUCUUACAAAGAACAAGAAGACUGCUGUGCAGCAAAACAAGCCUGUCCGUGAGCGUACGGGUCAGUCCAACUUGUUGGGCAUGUGGGCCGCUACUGGCGGUAUCCUCGCUGUCAUUGUUUGGAGCUUCCUUUACUUUGCUCCUCUCACAUACGGUCAGCCUGGCUUGACUGUCGAGCAAGUCCAAGCAAGAAAGUGGCUCAACUACGAUUUGCACUUUGCCAAAUAG